GGAGGGAUCUCGACGUCGCGAAGUGCAAAUGGUCAGGUUCAAGUGCCGCCGCUAUCCCACCUCAGCCCAACCUGUGAGGCGAAUUUGACUUCUUCUAACCUGACAAUUUUUGGAUAUCACCUAAAGCUUCAACACACUCCAUAUCCAUCCACCAAUCUAUUACCAUACGUUGUUGUCCGAGACCUCCCAUCUCCUACAACUGUCUUGGCAGUUUUCUUCUUCCUUUUUAGGGGGUUUCUGCUUUUCCUUUCGGCAAGUCUUUGACUAGAUGAUUGCUGGACAAUGGUCGGGUUCUGUGACACCUAUGGUGCCGUGAUGAUUUCCAACCAUGGCCCGGUCCCUUUUCCCCUCGAAGGACACUCGUCUCGCGAUUUACAUGGUCUCCAACCCAGUAGAUCGCCAGCCGAAGAAUUCAAUCAGCCGCACAAGACACCUUCCAACCCUGUGAUCUCACCUAUCCAGAAUUUCUUUGGCCACGUCGACUGGAGCCACUCCGCUAUCGGGCCAGUCGAGAGCUGGACUUCGGAACUACAACAUGCGGCACGCUUCCUCCUGGUCGAUACCACUCCCGCUGUGCUAUUUUGGGGGCCAUCUUCCGCUAUACUCUACAACGAAGCAUACCUUCCAUUACUGGGACAAAGGAACCCAGACGUGAUGGGGAUGGAUGCUAAUCGCAUCUUCACCUCUAUCUGGCAACAGCUAGCUGAGAAGAUAUCGGAACAACGCCGAACGAAGCAAACGGAAUCAUGUCUCGGUACCGUGCUGCUUAUCGAGCAGGAGGACUACAUGCAAGAACGGUACUUUGACUGGAAAGUGAUCCCCAUCACCAACGACCAAGGGGACGUCAUGGGCGCCUACGGCAUACCCUCAGACCGGACCGGAGAGGUCAUAAUAUCGCGACAGAACGUUUGUAUCCACCAGUUAUCCCGUCUUACCGGGAAAACGAAGAACAUGCAAGAGCUCUGGCUUGCCAUGUUAGACGGAUUAAGUUACGACCAAAAAGAUAUCCCCUUUGCACUAUUGUAUUCACUCGAUGAGGAGCUUAGCAUUAAUGCUCCCCCCAGCAAGCCUAACCACCCAUGCCAUUUCGAAGGUGCCAUUGGCCUCGACGAUGACCAUUGCAUUGAACAGGAGUAUAUGGAUCUGGUAUCUGACGUCGAUGGAUUUACGCCGAGCAUGUUGGCGGCAUUGAAAAACGACAAAACAUUGGUCUUAGAAGUCAACGAUCCAUCGAUGCGGCAAUUUCUCUGUGCUAUCGGGUGUAGCGACAGUGACUUACCUUGUAAGCAGUUUGCCAUCGUGCCGUUCCUGGCCGACGACAGCAUCGCCGCAUUCAUGGUGGUUGGAUUGAAUCCAUACAGGAGAUACGACGAGCAGUUCCGGGGAUUCCUGCAUCUCAUAACCGCCUUUGCCUCGCCGCAAAUCAUGAGGACACGGUUAUCGGAGGAGGUGGCCCGUCAUAAUGAGUUGGCGCAAAGGGCACAGCUAGAUCGCAGAAGGAGCGAAAUGAGAUUUUCUCGUUUCGCGGAUCGGUCCAUUGCUGGCCUCGCCAUCACGGACACCGAGGGUAAAAUACUCUACGCGAACGAUGCCUGGUACAAAUUCUCUGGGCUCAGCCCUGCUGACCAGGCGAACUUGAGCUGGUCUGACAGCGUGAUACCAGAGGAUGUUGGUCUGCUUUUGCAGUGGCAGAAAAGAGUGGUGACAGAGAAAAAAGGGGGAACAUUCCAGAUCCACUCCAAGGAACCUUUCCGUCGCGGCCAUGUGUAUUCCGAGUACAGAACCGGUAUAUGUGCUUGCUAUUCUGAUCUGAACGAGCUGGGCGAGGUCGAGAGCGUUAUGAUUCUCACGAUGGACAUUAGCGAGCUGAAGUGGACUGAGCAGCAGCUCAUCUCCCGCUCCAAAGACCUCGAGGAGUCGGAGGAUAAAUGGCGAAAUUAUGCGGAACAUUGCCCCUUCGGUAUUUGCCGUACAGAUGGCGAUGGCUUCAUUUUGUUCGGGAACGAUGCAUGGCGCUCCUUUUUCGGGGUUGGACAAGAACCUGUUACCGAGUGCAAGCCAUGGAUCCCUUGGAUCCACGAGGACUACGCGCAGGAGGUAACGGACUUCUUUGGUCGGUUGCAGACAUACCCUGGCCCCGAGACUAUCGAGUUCCAGCUGGUGGAUAACACUGAGACCAUCUUAGGGGACGAUGCCACUGCCCCCAACGGUGCUUAUGUUCUCUCCACAGGCUUCACUCGGUUUAAAGAAAAUGGUGAGGUUGACUAUAUCGACUUUUGGAUCGUCGACAUUAGUGGGCAGAAGAUGGCAGUUAAGGUAUUAACGGACAAAAUGGAGGAAGCUAUACGAUCGAGAACGCAGCAAGAGCAUUUCAUGGAUAUGAUCAGCCACGAGAUUCGCAAUCCUUUGUCAGCAGUCCUGCAUUGCAGCGAAGAAAUCAUCGAGUCCGUUCGAAAAGGCUCCGAGAAGCUCAAUCUCGUGUUGGAGGAGCCACGCACCCCUGACAUCAGCGAUCCGAUGAAGAAAUAUUUGAAGUCGCAAAUCAGCAAUGUGCUGGAUGCCGCCAACACCAUUGUUUACUGUGUACAGCAUCAAAAGCAAAUCGUUGACGACGUACUGACCAUCUCCAAACUCGACUCGGACUUGCUCAUGGUAUCCCCUAUUCCGAUGCAGCCUAUGGCGCUGGUUCGCCUGUCUCUCAAGAUCUUUAAAGUCGAGCUGAAAAUGACAAACAUCAAUCUUACCAUCGUCGAAGACAGUUCACUUUCGACAUUAGGUAUCGAAUGGGUUCUACUAGACCCAACUCGAUUUCUUCAAAUCGUGAUCAAUCUCGUCACUAACGCUAUAAAGUUCACCAAGCAGUCGAAAGUGAGGGAAAUAGUUGUGACGAUAUCUGCCCAUAACCAUCGACCGUUGGAAGAAGAAUUGGGUGUAGAAUAUGUACCGAAGCGAUAUUCACCUGCCACCCCCGUAUCCGCUACAGGCCAACCUUUGGAUUUCGAAGGCGCAGCGCAGCAAUCGUCAGACAUAUUCCUAUCUUUCACUGUCCAAGACACCGGCAAGGGACUGACGAAUAACGAGAAAGCCCAGGUCUUCGAUCGCUUCGCGCAGGCCUCCCCAAGAACCCAUGUGGAGUACGGCGGGUCAGGCCUCGGACUGUUCAUCUCUCGUCAGAUCACGGAGAUGCUUGACGGCGAGAUAGGCAUGGCCAGCAGCCCCGGCUCGGGCUGCACCUUCGCAUUCUACGUCAAGACCCAGGAAUGCGAAUUCCCCCAGGGCUCGCCCAAGGUCGUGGAACCCCCCCUCAUCCGGCUAACUCGGUCCCUUAGCUUGAAGGCGGACGGGACCGCCGUGACAUCAAACGAGGAGGAAGACCAGACCACGAGUCCCGAGACGCCACCCAAUCUAGAAAGCGCCGGGAUCGAACCUUUGCCGCUCAGGAUCCUUGUCGUCGAGGACAACCUGGUCAACCAGAAGGUCCUGUGCAAGCAGCUGCGCAACCACAACUUUGGCGUCAAGGCCGCGAACCACGGAAGGGAUGCCCUGGACGUGAUGAUCGACAGCAAGAAAAGGGGCAUAUCCUGGAGUCCCUUCGACGUCAUCCUCUGCGACAUCGAGAUGCCCGUCAUGGACGGCAUCGAGUUUACUCGCGAGAUCCGCCGGCUCGAGGCGAAAGGCGAACUUGUUGGCCAUAUUCCUAUCUUGGGCGUUACGGCCAACGUGAGGAGUAAGCAGGUUAGCGAUGCUAUCGAGGUUGGCAUGGAUGGCGUGACGACGAAACCAUACCAUAUCAACGAGCUUAUAGCGAAUAUUGGUGACCUUUGUGCGAAACAUUAGUUAGUUAACGGGUGUUUUUUUUUUCUGUGUUUGUGUGUUUUGAAUAAGGGGCUAGGCAGGUACCUUACCUGCUAUGCAGAAAAGGUAUCGAAAUCAGACAGUUGGCUUGUCUGAAGGCGUUGGCUUGGAAUUCUUCGGGAGGGAUCUCUGACGGUAGGUACAUACCUGGGGACGGGCUGGGCAGGUAAAUCG